UUUUUUGCCCCCACAGUCUUCCUCACUUCCACUCUCUAAUCACUAAGCCUAAGCAAAACCCAGCUUCUCUUGUCCAUAUCCGAUCCCGAUCUCCGACGGAACCCGGGGUUUGAAUUCUGAUAACGCAGCCGGUAACGAUGGCGAAGGACGUCGAGGUGGUGGAGCAGGGCGAGUUCGCGGCCAAGGACUACCAGGACCCGCCCCCGGCUCCGCUCAUCGACGCCGAGGAGCUGAUCAAGUGGUCCUUCUAUAGGGCCGUCAUCGCGGAGUUCAUCGCCACGCUGCUCUUCCUGUACAUCACGGUGCUGACGGUGAUCGGGUACAAAAGCCAGACCGAUCCCAUCCACAACGGCACCAACUGUGACGGCGUCGGUAUUCUCGGCAUCGCCUGGGCUUUCGGCGGCAUGAUCUUCGUCCUUGUUUACUGCACUGCCGGCAUCUCCGGAGGGCACAUCAACCCGGCGGUGACGUUCGGGCUGUUCUUGGCGCGCAAGGUUUCGCUCAUCCGGGCGCUGUUGUACAUGGUGGCGCAGUGCUUGGGCGCCAUCUGCGGUUGCGGGUUGGUGAAGGGCUUCCAGAAGGCCUACUACCCCAGGUACGGUGGCGGAGCCAACGAGCUACAACCGGGCUACAGCAAGGGGACCGGUCUCGGCGCGGAGAUCAUCGGCACCUUCGUCCUGGUCUACACCGUCUUCUCUGCAACCGACCCCAAGAGAAGCGCCAGAGACUCCCACGUCCCCGUGUUGGCACCACUUCCAAUUGGGUUUGCUGUGUUCAUGGUUCACUUGGCUACGAUCCCUGUCACCGGCACCGGCAUUAACCCGGCCAGAAGUUUCGGUGCUGCAGUCAUUUACAACGAGAAGAAGGCCUGGGAUGACCAGUGGAUCUUCUGGGUUGGACCGUUCAUUGGGGCUGCAAUCGCUGCAUUCUACCAUCAGUUCGUCCUCAGAGCAGGCGCCAUCAAAGCCCUUGGAUCCUUCAGGAGCAAUCCUUAAUCAUCAGCUCCAGCAUUGAGGUCUCUCAGAAAACGAUGAAGGUGAUAAAGUCUGUAUCUUUUUAGGUCCUCUGCAUGAUCUGUAGCUGUUUCUUUAUCCCUUUCCUGGGUUUGAGAUUUGGCAAAGAAUGAGCUGCUGCUAAGGAGAAAGGAAACUGUAAAUAAAAUUCAAUGUGGGGGGCAAGAGUCGAGAGUCAAAGAGUGUGAUCUGGAAGUACCCAUCUUCUGGUUUUUUCCUUCUUCUUUUUCAAGCUUUUUGCUUUGUAUGUAUUUUUAUUAGAGGGUGUUUGUCGUCUGCUUAUGCUGUUAAAUUUCUAUUAUCCUUCUCAUCUUAUCCUCCUUCACCAAUUGGUGUGCUUGAUGUUUUAUUUCCAUUUUUCUCUCAAUUAAUACAAAUUCGCCUCUUGGGAUAUCUUUC